AUGUCUUGUAAACUUGAUUUAGAUUCUGACGACGAGGAAGUUUCGUUGACAAUUAAUAAAAACUAUGCUAGCCGAUAUGAAAAUUGGCGUAGAAAAGAGGAGCUCCAAAAGUUAAAAGAUAAAUAUGGAAAUGAUGCUGAGUUACCUGAAGAGGGUUCUUCAUCCUCUGAAAGUGAUGUUCCAGAAUGGACUACUGGAGAUGAGAAGACAUUUUUUAAGUCAUUAACUGCUUUAAAAACAAGGGACCCUUCAAUAUAUGAUAAAAAUUGUGCUUUUCAAAGUGAUUCUGAUAGUAAUGAAGCGGAACCAAGUACUCAAAAAUCUAAGAAAAAAAAAGAAAAAACAUUUUCAUUAAAAGAUUAUGAAAGGAAUCUUAUAGUUGAACGUCAAGGUAUUGUUGAUUCAGAUGAUGAAAUUAGUGCUAAGAAAGAUCCUAGUUACCUUGAGAAACUUAAAAAAACAAAAGAUGAAAUUAAGGCUGCUUUAGCUGAGAUGUCUGAUGAUGAUGAAAGCGAUGGAUUGUUAAAAAAAAGAGUAAAGACUGAAGAAGAAAAAAAAAAGGAGAAGGAUGAUAUAGUAGAUUGGUUGAAGCAUGAGAAACCUGCAAAAGGAAAGCAAGCUGCAAUUGUCGGAAAAUUGAAACAAGUUUGGAUGAGAAAUGAUUUAUCUGAGUCAGAUAAAUUUCUUCGUGACUAUAUUCUUGAGAAGAAGUAUGAUGUAAGUAGUGAUGAAGAAGCAAUUCCUACUUACGAAGAAAUUGUUAACUUAGACAAAGAAAUAGAAGAAGAAGAAAAAAUGGAUCAGUUCGAACAGAAAUUUAAUUAUAGAUUUGAAGAUCCAGAUCAAGAGUUUAUCAAACAAUACCCAAGAACAGUUAGUGAUACAGUAAGAAAAACAAAUGAAAAAAGAAAAGAACAAAGAGAAAAAUAUAAAGAAAGGAAAGAGGCAGAAAAAAAUCAAAGAAAAGAAGAAAUUAUGCGUUUGAGAGCUAUGAAAAAGAAAGAAAUUGAAGAGAAACUUGAGAAAUUAAAGAAAAUUGCAGGAAAAGAUGAAAUUAAUUUUUCCAUCGAAGAUCUUGAGAAAGAUUUUGAUCCAGUUGAGUAUGAUCAAAAAAUGGCAAAAUUGUUUGAAAAUGAUAGAGUCAGUGAAAAUGAAGAUUUGGAAAAACCAGUAUUCUCGGAUUUAUCAUCAGAUGAGGACUCUGAUUAUGAUAAUAUAGAUGUUACAAAAAUAAAGAAGACUCAAAAAGUAGAUGAAGAGUCAGAUGAUGAGGAAAAAGAAGAUGAGGUAGAAGAAAAGAAAGUACGUGGGCGUCCUGAAGAAUUAAAAGCAUCCAGAAGAAAAAGAAAAAGGAAUACAAAGUUGAUGGAAGCUGUUAGUAAAGAAAAACCUUUGUUUAAUCCAAAAGAAAAAACAUUUGAAGAGUACUUUAAUGAAUAUUAUGCAUUAAACUAUGAAGAUAUUGCUAAAGAUGGAACUAUUCACAGAUUCCACUAUCGUACAGUUCCUCCUAAUGACUUUGGAUUAACAGUAGAUGAAAUUUUAAACGCAGACGAUAGAGCGUUAAAUUCUUGGGUUUCUAUAAAAAAGGUUUCUGCUUACCGUUCUGAAAGGGAAGAAAAAUCUGACCUUUUUGCUUAUAAACAUAAAUCUAAAAAUAUUAACAAGAAGAAACAAAUUCUUUCAACAGACUUUGGUGGUAAGAAGAGUAAGAAAUUGAAGGAACAGGAAGAUAGAAUAAAAAAGGAGGUAAAAGAACUUGUAGAUGAAACAAAUUUGCCAUCUUGCGAAGUAAAUGUAGAAGAAACAGAAGAUCAACAGAAUAUUAUUGAAAGUGAACUUACGAAAAAGAAAAAUAGAAGAAAAAAGAAAAGUAAAAAUAAUACUAAACCAAAUGAGGAAGAAAAUAAUAUUGAAGAACCACCUGCAAAAAUUCAAAAAACUGAUGAUAAAAUAGAAGGUGAAUCUGAACACAAAAAGUCAGUCCGAAAGAAGCAUAAAACACAAGAUAAAAAACAAGCUCCAAGAGACAAUACAUUGGAUAUCAAUGACGAUCGUCUAAGAGCCUACGGAAUAAAUCCUACUAAAUAUCACCGCUCCCGAAUCUACGGUAAAAAGAAACACCAAGAUAAAAAUUAG